CAUAAAAAUAAUUAAAAUCAAAAUAAAAUUUUAGAUAUUUGAAGCAAAAAUGCCGCCAAUUGAAGCAGAUGUGACGGUCGAUAGUAACCAACAGUCUAAGCCAAUGUCUGGGCCCAUAAUCGGCAUAAUCUAUCCUCCACCGGAGGUUAGAAAUAUUGUGGAUAAAACUGCAAGUUUCGUAGCACGUAAUGGACCGGAGUUUGAGGCACGUAUUCGACAAAAUGAAUUGGGCAAUCCUAAAUUUAAUUUUUUGAGUUCCGGGGAUCCGUAUCACGCUUACUAUAGACAUAAAGUGAAUGAAUUUAGGGAAGGAAAAGGUAAAGAUGAAUUAAAUAAAAAAAAUGCUUUGAACACACUUUUGAUAUUUCACUUUACAGAUGCUAGUGCACCAAGUGUGGUUAGUGGAAUUAAACAAUUGUCGGUGACCAGCGCCGCUCAACAAAAACAGCAAGAGCUUUUAAAACAAGUUGCCGAACAGCAAUUUGUACCUAAAGAUCCUCCGCCGGAGUUUGAGUUUAUUGCAGAUCCACCUUCAAUUUCAGCAUUGGAUUUGGAUAUCGUUAAGCUAACCGCUCAAUUUGUGGCACGUAACGGUCGUCAAUUCUUAACAAAUCUCAUGAAUCGAGAACAGCGCAAUUUUCAGUUUGAUUUUCUUCGUCCUCAACAUUCACUUUUCCAGUACUUUACAAAGCUUCUGGAACAGUAUACAAAGAUUUUAAUUCCUCCAAAGGAUUUACUUGGCAAGCUAAGAGCUGAAAGCAACGCAGGACGGUCAAGUAUGAAUCUUGUACUCGAUCAGGUCAAAUAUCGUGCAAAUUGGCAAAAGCAUCAGGAAGCACAACGCCGCCGAGAGGAGGAAAAAAUUGAAAAGGAAAGAGUCGCCUAUGCUCAAAUUGAUUGGCACGAUUUUGUUGUAGUCGAAACAGUCGAUUAUCAGCCGUUUGAAACUGGCAACUUUCCACCACCAACAACUCCCGAGGAAGUGGGUGCUCGUGUUUUAAUGGAAGAGCGAUUGCAAGAAGAUGAUGGCGAUAUUGAAAUGCAAAUUGAAUCGGAUGAUGAAGACAGCCAAGAAGCACCCAGCACUGGUGGUGUUGUUAAGCUAUCGCAAAUGGAGAAUCGCAUUGGUAUUCAUAUGAAAGAUGUUUCAUAUCAAAAUCAAUCCUCUAAAAAGGACAACAUUCAAGUACAAGACAUGGACGAGGCCUCUAGUGAUGAAGAAUCACCGGCCACUACCAAAAUGCAACCCCCGGUUGCUCCACUUUUGCCUCCCACGCAUGAUAAGGUGGUGGUUAAAAAAUACGAUCCUAAGGCAGCUCAAGUUAAGCCACCUAAACCUGCUACAACAGAUGAAUUCCUCAUUUCCCCAAUUACGGGAGAAAAAAUUCCAGCUUCCAAAGUGGCUGAGCACAUGCGCAUUGGCCUCUUGGAUCCACGUUGGGUGGAACAACGUGACAAACACACAGUGGAAAAAAUCAAUCAAGAAAAUGUAUAUGCCGCCGGCACAGCUAUUGAGGCAAGUCUAAAACAAUUGGCCGAACGUCGUACAGAUAUCUUUGGUGUUGGCGAUGAGGAAACAGUAAUUGGUAAAAAAUUGGGCGAAGAGGAAACGAAGAAGGAUGAUCGCGUGACAUGGGAUGGUCAUACAUCCAGUGUAGAAGCAGCUACACGAGCAGCGCGUGCUAAUAUUACUUUAGAAGAUCAAAUUCAUCAAAUUCAUAAGGUUAAGGGACUUUUGCCCGAUGAGGAAAAGGAAAAAAUUGGUCCCAAACCAGUUGGAGGUAAACCAGGUGGUGGUGGAAAUCCACAUCAUACAAAUAUGGUCAAGUCAGUUCAUGGUCAACAACAGCAACACCAACAGCAGCAACAUCAUCACCAUCACCAGCAGCAACACCAUCCACAAUCGCAACAACAUCCAAUGCCCCCACAACCUCCAGUCAUGAUGAUGCAAAUGAGACCACCUCCAAUUAUGCCUCCACCAUUUUCCGUGCCAGGUUACAUGGCUCCCUUGGCACCAGCUGGCGGCGGCCCACCGCAAAUAUCUCCAGCUCCACCCGUACUUGAUCAAGUACCACAAUCAAUACCACUCGAUGAUGAACCACCCAAUAAGAAAUUGCGAUCCGAAGAUAAUUUGGUUCCCGAAUCUGAAUUUAUUGCAAUGCACAAGAGUCCCAUAACUAUACAGGUGCAAAUUCCAAAUGUCCUGGAUAAAUCUGAAUGGAAACUAAAUGGCCAAACGAUAGCGGUUUCUCUUGCUUUGACAGAUCCUGUUUCACUGCUAAAAAGUAAAAUACAAGAGGAAACUGGGAUGCCACCUGCUAAACAAAAAAUAUCAUAUGAGGGCAUGUUCUUCAAGGAUAGCAAUACAAUGGCUUUUUACAAUUUGCUAAGUGGUGCUACUGUGCAUUUGCAAAUAAAAGAACGUGGUGGACGCAAGAAAUAAAUGUCAUUAGAAAUUGGUAGACACAAAAAGAUUAUUAAUAUCCAACUAAAUGUUAAAAUGAAAUAAUAAGAAAAGUGGUUAUUUAAUAGUUUUAUUUAAAAAAUAUUCAAUUGCACUUUUAUCAAUAAAAUCAAAAAUAAACAAA